AUGCCCCUCCACCCUCACAACUUCAUCUUUGUCAUGGCAAAUCGAGCCAACUCUACCCCUGAGCUGUUCACCGGCCAAGUAAUUAUGGAUCCGCGCCCCAACUCAUCUGGUACAUCGUCCAUCAAUACCGCUCCAUCGUCUCUAAGGCCCCUAACUAUUAAGAUGCUGCUUGAUUCUUUCUUCGAGGACACUGAACGCUAUCCAUUAAUCAUCGACGGCAUGCCAGUGUCAUCGGUGGAUCUGAUAGGCAUGGUCAGAAACAAAUCACUCAGCAUGGAUCACUGCACGUUCGACCUAUAUGAUGGCACUGGGUCCGUUAAUGUAUACUUCUGGUUUGAUGGCCGUCAAGACUCCAAGGAUGCUUGGUCGUUCAACGAAGGCAUGUAUGUACGUGUUGUUGGGAGGGCUACCAGUUUGGAGCAAUUUUUCCAAAUCAAAGCCUACAUGGUCAGGACCGUAAAGAACUUCAAUGAUAUAACCCAUCACUUUAUCUACUGCAUCAAGGCCCAUAUCAAUAUUUCUAAGCAGAGCAGACUAAAGCUUCAGGAAAAUUCCGUUGCCACCCCGUCAGCAUCAACCGUCAUGCCAAGGUAUCAGAUUGCUCCGAGCCAGAUACCAGAAGAUUGCAGCUUUGAGGAGAAGAUAUUUUCCAUUUUGCGCGACCCAGCAUACCGUGACAUGGAUCAUGGGGUAAGUCUAAAGCUGCUUCGCAGCGCACUUGGCGCAAGUCAAGACGAUAUCAUUGAUGCUUGUUAUUUCAAUUUCAGGAAAGUAAUAAUAGAGCAAAUCCGACUCGGUGAGAUGUACACUACUAUCGGUGAACGCCAUUUCAAGUCUUCAAACUGA